AUGUUUGGCGGCGCCAAGCCGUUCGACAACCCAUUGGCGUUAGAUCAUAUUGACCCUCAUGCUUUGUUUGUGUGCAUGCUUCCACUUCAUCUGACCAACUACUCGGGAUUCUACCCCAUCAAGUCUGUUUGGGUAUCUCUGGAUGAUCUCAUUAUGUCACUUGUCUGCAUGCACGAGUCCCGCUUCCUCUUCCUCGGCGUUGCCUUUUUGGGCGCGGCGAAUGCCAGUGUUGUUGACAUUAGUCGUCACCAGCCAAGGGACGUCAAAGCCUUACCUCGGGCCUACAGUGACCCAGUAUUCCAUGAGGCUCGUAGCUUCUCUGAGAGGCGUGACCAGCCUUCCAAGCCACAAGCUGCUACUAGUGCAGGCGAUAGGGAGGAGGAUGAUCAAGAUACCUCUCAAUCCUCUGGUUCUAGUUCUGGUUCUGGUUCUGGUGCCUCUUCCUCCCAUGGUGGCAGUUCCAACAAGAACAAUGCUGCUGCUGUUCAGCCUCAGUCUGAUACUUCCCAAUCACAGGGCGGUGGCUCAAGACAGACCAAAAACAAUGAUGCUACCUCUCAAUCCCAAGGUGGUGGCUCUGGAAGGACCAACAGUAAUGCUGCUGCUGCUCAACCUGAAUCGGAUACUUCCCAAUCCCAGGGUAGUGGUUCCGGAAGGCCCAACGGCAAUGCUGCCGCUGACCAACCCGAGUCCGAUACUUCCCAAUCGCAGGGUGGUGGCUCAGGUCAGAGCAGCAACAACGAUGAUUCUAAUCAACCUGACACUUCUGGCUCUCAAUCCCAGGGAGGUGGCUCGGGGCGAACCAAAAGCAAUUCUGCUGCUGCUCAACCAGAGUCUGGUAACUCUGGAUCUGGAGAUGGUACUUCAGGCAACGCCAACAAGAAUUCUGGGAGCUCUGCACAGCCCAACUCUGACGAUUCGUCGUCGGGAGAUGGCUCUUCUGGUAAUGCGAACCAGGGUAAUGGUCAGAGCAAUUCUGCUUCACGCCACGGCUCUGAUGCUUCGAAUCAAGACGACAAUGCUUCAGAUAACACCAACCAAGACCCUGUGGUCUCUGCUCCUUCGCGGGGUAAGAGCAAUGGUAAUCAACAAGAUACCGUCCAGGCUGCCGCUCCCACCGAUGAUUCCGACUCUGAAGCUCCGGCUCGGUUUGUAGCACCUAAACAGAAUUGGAGGACUACUCAGCAAAACCAAUAUCCGCCUUAUCAGCCGACUCAAGUAUGGCCUACUUCGAAACCUACUCACGUAUGGCCUACUUCGAAACCUACUCACGUAUGGCCUACUUCAAAGCCUACUCACGUAUGGCCUACUUCAAAACCUACUCACGUAUGGCCUACUUCAAAACCCACCCAGCAUGACAACCCAGCCAACAAGUAUGCCUACGCUGCCGACGUCCAUGCCCACUCAACCCACGAGUAUGCCAACUCAACCGACUUCAAUGCCAACCCUUCCCACAAGCAUGCCUACCCAACCAACUUCUAUAUCCACUCAGCCAACUUCUAUACCUACUCAACCGACAAGUAUGCCUACUCAACCGACAAACCUACGAGCAUGCCUACCCAACCAACUUCUAUGCCAACUCAGCCAACUUCUAUGCCUACUCUCCCUACAAGCAUGCCCACUUCGUCAAGGCCUACGAGCAUGCCUACUCAACCGACGAGUAUGCCUACACAGCCAACAAGUGUGCCCACUUCAUCUAGACCUACGAGCAUACCCACUCAACCGACGAGCAUGCCCACUCAACCGACAAGUAUGCCUACGCUCCCUACAAGCGUACCUACUUCAUCCAAGCCUACAAGCAUGACUACUCAGACUGUACCUACGACCACCCGGUCCGUACCUACAACUACUCAGUCUAUGCCAACGACUACCAAGUCUGUCCCUACAACCAGGCCAACUCAGACUAUGCCUAUUACUACAAAGCCGACCAAGACUGCCACUGUCACCAGAUCCAGAGUGACCACUGAGUACACUACUUCAACUGUAUACACUACAACUGUUCGUACGGUUACGGAAUGUGGUCCAUAUGUCACCAAUUGUCCUCACCCUCCUUAUGUAACAACGGAGACUAUCGUUGACUAUACCACCAUUUGCCCUAUUACCGAGACUAUUUACCCUCCUCCAAUGACUACUGAGUACACCACUUCAACUGUCUAUACCACUUCGAUAUACACAAUCACUGAGUGUGCUCCUUGGGUCCACGACUGUGGCUACAUUCCUUAUGAGACAACUGAGAUCAUCCCCAUUUACACCACUGUUUGCCCCAUCGAUUACGAGCCAACUCCAGAACCCCAGUGGACAACCUCAACCGUCUACACCACAUAUUAUCGAACUGUUACGGAGUUCUGUCCCAUUGAUGAGGUGGCCCCGGCCCCUACCAUGCCACCACAUCAUUACGAACCUGAGGAAUGCAUGACUGAAGAGCUCUCAACCAGCUGGUCCGCUUCCACUGUCUACACAACCGAGGUCAAGACCAAGACUGAUUGUGCUUGGGAUGACACAUGGUGUGACUAUGGUUACCCGUAUGUCACAACCGAAGCUGUCGUUCUCUCCACCACUCUCUGCCCAGAGGUCAUUACGGAAUGGGUGCCUUGCCCGACGUAUCAUCCUCCACCCCCACCUGUUGUUGUCACUUCCACUUCAACUUUGACAUACUACACUACUGAGUAUUAUGUCAUCACUGCUUGCCCGCAUAAAGUUGACUACUGUGACAUCGGGCACAAGACCUCGACUGUUUACGCAACGGCCACAACAUGUUACACUUUCACUUACACUACAACUGUUCCCGAGACUACCUACACCAGAGUCGUACCUCCAACAAGGACUCUUUCCACGGUUGUUGUUUCUACCGAGACUGGCUACAGUAGCAAGACCAAUACCGUCUACUACUCCACAACUGAGACCUGGGCGACCUCUACCUACGCAACCCAGUCGACUGGAACUUCCACGUGGAUGACCCAGUCUAUACCCACCUAUCCUACGUCUAUUAAGCAGUCUUCCACCAUUGAGCAGCCCAGCUCUAUGGAGAAGCCCACUUCUGUCGAUCAGCCUAGUUCUAUGCCACAGCAACCCACUUCUGUUUAUCAACAACCUACUUCCAUGCAGCAAAAGCCGACUUCUGUGUAUCAGCAGCCUUCGGUUAAUGCGCCUCAGUCCAUGCAAACUACUCCUUCUACUAUGAAGUCUUCAGGCUCAGAUUCUCCCCCCUCUCAUUAA